AUGGGGGCAAUGGAGGUCAGAGACAGAGAAUGGGAGAUUAGGCUAAACAGAGUAAUCCAUCAUGCCCUCCUUGUCCAAGGUGUUAUUGGAGACAUUCAGAGGAAUACCGAGUUAGAAAGAAUGUUUGUUACCAGUGUGAGGAAUACUGCGCAGGCGUGGGACUAUGCAUUGACACCGAGAGAUGCUGAGGUUGCAAGAGACGUCGUGACAGGUAUGAUUAUUGCUUUAUCAUAUAAAGUUGUUGAUUUAUUGGACUCAAGUGCCACCCAUUCGUUCAUGUCAUUGGGAUAUGUUAAGAUGACUGGAGUUGAGACACAGUUGUUAGAUAUUGAUUUGUCAUUAGCCAUGCUAACUAGAUCAAUAGUGAGAUAUAGAAGGUUGUUAUCCGCCAUUCAGGCGAGGAAUUUUUUGUUAGAGGGUUGCCAUGGAUAUUUGGCUUGUGUGAAGGAAGUAUCGGAAGAAGAAAUUAAAGAUAUUCCAGAAGUGAGGGAUUUUCUUGGUGUAUUUGCUGAGGAUUUGUCGAAACCACCUCCUGAUCGUGAGGUAGAAUUUGUUAUUGAUCCAAUUUCAGGGACAACACUAAUUUCUAAAACGCCGUAUAGAAUGGCACCGGCAGCACUAAAAGAGUUGAAGGAAGAGUUGCAGGACCUGUUAGAUAAGGGGUUUAUUUAG